GUUCGAGUUAAAUGUUUAGUAAUUAUAAAUAUAGUAAAGCAGCGAGUAAUCGAAUUUCUUAGACGGUUUAACUAGCCGGCCAAAACAGAUUUAAGUUUUAACCAAUUUUUGUAUGACCCACUUGAUGGUAUAUUUUCUGUGCGCUAAUAUGAAAAAGCGACUAUUAUUGACCUAAAGAUCCGCAAAAAGACAAAACAUGUCUGAAAAUACAGAGUGUGAAACUGUAACUAAUGUGCUUAUGACAGUGGAAGAAAUAAAAGUGGAGAGAGAUGUCGUACAGGAGAAAGAAUUCGUAGACUGUAUAAAAGAAGAACAUGACCAGUGGGGGGUCGAGGCUGGUGAUGCUGGACUGUCUGAUGGUCAUGAUGGACGUGAGAUCAAGCACGAGGUCAUCAAGGAAGAGCCUGUGCAUCCUAGUAUUGAAUUUGUGGGGGAUCCGGGGGAACUCUUGGUUAAGCGAGAGAACUAUGUACCAUGUGCCGAGGUGCCCGCGAUUGGUAAGGGGCGAAAGAGGGGGCGACCUGUUGGAAGUAAGACAAUUACCAACAUAAUCCUGGACGAUAUCAGUGCGCCUGGAAAGAGGUCAAGAAAGAAACAAAAAAUAUUUAUCUGCGAUACAGAUAAAAAAUCGUUUCCAACUAAAAAGCGACUUAUCCAACAUAUGCGCUGUCACUCUGACAAGAAGCCUUUCAGCUGCGACAUUUGCCACAAAGCAUUUUCCCAUCAAACCUACUUGUAUCGACAUCAGCCUACACACACCGGGGAGAAAUCCUACAGCUGUGAUAUCUGCCAGAAACGAUUCACGUUCUCCGGUUCUUUAGCUAAACAUAAGCGGAUUCAUUCUGAUGAGAAACCUCAUAUCUGUCAAAUAUGUAAUGCCAACUUUAGAGAAAAGACACAAUUGACUCUUCACGAGCUAAUACACAAAGGCGAUGCAGCGAAGCGGUUUAGUUGUGAAUUUUGCAAGAAAAAGUUCCUAUUUAAAUAUAUAUUACUCAAUCAUGAGCGCUUACACACAGGAGAUAGACCUUUCAUAUGUGGAAUAUGUGACAAGCGAUUUAGGCAAAAGCAACACCUUAAAGCGCAUAUCCGAGUUCACACAGGUGAUAUACAAGUAAAAACAUUUAUCUGUGAUUAUUGCAAUAAAUCGUUUUCAAAUAAAGGCAAUCUGUUCCAACAUAUAGUUAAUCACAUGGGUAUAACGAAGUCUCUUUACUGCGAAAUUUGUAACAAAAUCUUUAGUUACGCUUAUAUUGCCCGACAUCGGCGCACGCACAGCGGGGAGAAACCUUACAGUUGCGAUAUUUGCCAGAAAAGGUUCAUAUGUUCAGGUUCUUUGACGAAACAUAAGAGAAAUCACUCUGACGAGAAAUCGCACGCUUGUGAAGUAUGCAAAAAACGAUUUAAACAGCGGUCUCAAUUGGCUCUUCAUGCGCUAAGACAUCAAGGAGAUGCAGUAAAGCGGCACGAUUGUAAUAUUUGCUCGAAGAAAUUCCUACAUAGAUAUCAACUGGUUAAGCACGAAAACGUUCACACAGGCUUCAAGCCUUUUGGGUGUAACUUGUGUAGCCAACGAUUUUCCCAUAGAUACCUACUAGUCGAGCAUUUGCGAGUACACACCGGGCACAAUGUUUAUUCAUGCGAAAUUUGCAACGAAAGUUUCGAUACAAGAAGAAUCCUCCUUGAUCACCGACGGACUCACGCAGAAAUCACCAGCACAUAUUCCUUCGUAUGCGAUGUGUGCGAUAAAGCUUUUAGUUGCAAAACUUACUUGGUAAGACACAAAGUGAUUCACACCGGGCUCAAACCUUACGCGUGCAAUCUAUGUGAUAAAAGCUAUACCCAAAUAGGGCAUUUAUCGGAGCACAAACUGACUCACAGCGGUGAGAAACCAUUCGCCUGCGGAAAUUGCACGAUGCGGUUCACUACUAAACGCUACUUGGUUAAACAUGUACAGAGAAUACAUUCUGGCAAUAAGUAUGAUAUGGAUGGUAAGAAGUUCAAUUGCCAAAUAUGUGGCAAACAGUUUUUGCGAGCAAACACCUUGAAAAUACACGAAUAUGCGCACGCUAGAGCCUCGAAUCACAAAUGCAAUGUUUGUAAUAGAGAUUUCAAGAAUAAAUCGAAUUUGAAAAGGCAUAUACAGACGCAUAGUAAAAGUGUCGAUAGAUCUAUUGAUGCCGGAUCAGAUUAAGCCGACUAGAAGAAGCUAUGUACUACAUAUAAUACAUGAAGCUACAUAUAUGUAUAGAGAGAGAAAUAGUUUAUUUUAUUUGUUUUAUUUAUAUAGACUUCGACCAGUUACAAAACAAAUAUAAUUGUUAGAAGUAGAAGCCAACAGCGGUUACAAAUAAUUUCCGCUAUGAGGUGUUCCUGAGAAUGCCAAGUCGCAAAAAAGUGCAAAAUUAAAACACUUACGAAAAGCGCUCGUCAAAAAAUAAAUACACCAAUAGAUAGUGUCAUAAAUUUCAAACUGUCAUACGUUUUUUCUAUAGUGGCAGUAUUGUAUUAGUCGCGUGACUCUACCGCUUAGCAAUUUUGCGUUUUGUUUUAAAAAAUAUAUAUGAAAAGAAGUCCAUGUUUAUUGUGUUGAGCAAAAGUUCCCUAACUUUUUUGCGCGAAGCUUCCCUAGUGUAUAAUAAGAUUAAUAAGUAAUAACACGUUGUGCAAUAAUUAAGAUAUGGGCAAAAUUGUUACUAAGACUCGAACAAACACUCCACCAGAUGCUCCAAAUAAAUUAUUGUAUUUUUUUCCUUAUUACUUUUAGCCCACAAUAAAUGCAAUAUAUUACAAAUUUUUAUAUUGUUUUCCCAUUUUGUUAAUUUUUUAUACAUUUAGUUAGAAAUUUUGUUCUCUAGGGGAGCGGGGCUAAAACCGCCCAACUAUUAUAGUUACUAUAACUUUAUUGUGGUCCACAAGCUUAAUACGUAAUUAUAAUGAAACACCCAACUUGUCAGUAGAAAAAGGCGCGAAUUCUAAUUUUCUAUGGGAAGUCAACUCUUUGCGGCUACAUUUUUUUAAUCAUCCGCUUUUAUCUACUGACAAGGUCGCUGUGCCAGAGUAUAAGUAUACAAUCUCCUUUUUGGUUAUUUAUAAUUUUUAUUUUUCCUUUAUGAAAAUAUUUUGCCUCAGAACUGCGACAUUCAAAUAAUAUAGAGUUAAACGGAGGUAAGUUUGCGACGAUUAUGAUCACACGC